AUGUUUUGUAUGUAUAGAUUGCUGGUCACGCUUGGCGUUUUGCUUUUGGUGAGAGAUGUAUAUUGUUUAUCAUUGCCUUCACAGCCUCUAAGUAGCAUAUUACAUGUCGAAAAUAAGGAGGCUCUUGGUGCCGCCCAAAGAGAUAUUGGCUACCGAAAAGACCCCACAAAAGUUAUAGACUCCUCUGAAAAGCUUUCUCCCCCUACUGUACUCAUCAAAAGAGCAUUCGAGGUCCCUCAGAACUCUGGUCCUCGCCACCCCCUAAAAUCUUGCUCAAAUUAUGUCCAAGGAUCCGUUGGCAAAUGUGGUGAGGGAGCAGAUAUUGCUACGAGCUCUGGAUCUGGGAAUCACACAGUCACUCAAGCCUACUCAAAGACGCAACCUGACCGCCUCACAAAGACUGAAGAUGAAAUCACCAAGAAGCCUUUUACCACGACGCCAGUCUUUCAGGUACCAGCUCGACAAUCAAGUCUUUCUCAUCAAAUCCAAGCAGAAGUUUUGACAGCCAUCUCGACGGCGGUGGGACUUGCUGGACCUACUGCACAUAAGACUGCUGAUGCUUUCUAUUUAGUAUCGAGUAGUGUUUCUGAUUAUUCAAAGGUUCAAACGAUAAAACCGACCGCACACGCAAGCAUGCUAUAUCCAGCGCCAAUUCCACCACCGGAAGGAUCAGGUGAUACAGGCCCGCAUAGACUUUCCUCGAAGAUUGGGUUGUUUCUCAGUGGAAAUCAAGAGACACGAACUUUAGCUACGCCAACAAUUCCAAACGAUUUACUUCUACCCGUUGCGUCGCGACACCCAGGAAAUAGCAUGGCGAUUUCUGGCGAAACUACGACUCGGCAGCCCUUUGCUCUUGUUUCUGAGCCAGCUUACACAACUAUUCCCUCAUCUCCAACUCAUACUUCGUACUCUUUCAUCCGCAUUGUAGGCAUACCAGCUCCUCCGAUGGUUGUGAGCACUCAGACGGUAGGCCUCACCCGUCCGUCUACCGCGAAGCUUCUCCCUGAUCUCGAUGCAAUCACAAAGAUUGUGUUGGGUAACUUACCGUAUGCACUCACUAGUAAGAUCGGCUUACCAGAGGGCUCGGUUCCUACGCCAGCGGUGGGGAAUGGUCCGUUACGUGCAGGUGGGUAUAUUGGAAUUCAACAGGAUCCUACGAAUACUGUGUUUCGAGAGGAAGCAGCUCCUGCGACGAGACUUGAUGUUAUGCCGGAUGGUCUAGCUCCUAAGCCAUCUCCUACUGCGACUUCAGCGGAGGGAGCAGACGUUGAUGCAGAAGAUGAAGAAACCACUGAAGAUAGCCCGACGAUACCAGAUGUACCGUCGUCAAGCUUGACCUCUGAACCAAUACUAGAUGAAGAAACCCCCGAUUCCGACACGUCGACGAUUCAUGAAGACGACGUUAACGGAGUCGUUGCUAUCCAAACCGCAGUCGAUGGUUCCGUUGAUUCUUCAAAAACAAAACCUGGGGACUCGAACAGCCAAAACAUUCCAGUUGAAACAUACGUCGGAGUCCCAGCCAACACGAUUGCAAACCCCCUAACUCCAGUCUUAGACCACACAACCGGGAGUCCAGCUCUCAGUAACUCUCCACAACAAACCUCAAAACCCGCUGUUUUCGUCACAUCGUCGACGCACGUAUGGGUUUCAGGCGACAACUUGUCAUCUUAUGAUAAUGGCGAUCCCACUGAUACCUUGCCCUUCACGCAUUUAUGGGAGCCGGGAGCGGCCUCGGUGUUGACUUCGAUGGCGGCGCUCAGCCCGGCUGGACCGCAGAUUACUUCUAAUCCGUCUCUUACUUCGGUGAUUGAGGUGCCUGUUGCGGCGGAUGGGGAUACUACGUCUGUGGGGGAGGAUGGAGAUGUAAAGAGUGUCGAUGGGGGGGAUGGGUCUCGGAAUACUGCGUUGCCAGAGGAGCCGCAGAGUCCCGUGACGACGGUUUCGAGGGGUGAUGGGAGAGUUUCUUCGGCUGUUACGGUGCCAGUUCUGCUGGAUACUACGGCAAAGAGUCCGGGGGCGGCCGUUACGUCUCUACCGGAUGCCGGGUCUACGGAUGAUGUGCAGGAUGAAUUCCCAGAUGAGGCUGCUGCUACAGAUUCUCCUCUUGAUGGAGCGUUGCAGGGCUUGGGUGUUCCGUUUUGGGUUACUAGCACCGCCGAGGAUGCGAUUGCUACUAUCGCUGCGGCUGUAACGUUGCCUGUCGAAUCUGCAGGUCAAUCGGCAACUGAGGUACCAGAUGCUGCCGCCGACGAUGAUCUGGAAGAUGGUGACGAAGGAGACUCUACGAGUAUUGGGAUAUCUGCAGCGGCAGCUAAUAGUCAACCUAACAGCCCGACAGCUGUCAUUUCUACACCGCCGCCGGUGAUUCCUGAUGUAUCUCUUAUAGAAACUGGAAUAGAUCAGGAUCCCGAACCAGCACCAGCACUUCCUGCCUUCAGCAUCAUACCAGGGCAAUCAACGGCGGCAAUCGGAACGGGCGAGAAACCAAGUCCUCUUAGAACUGUCAAUGGUGCACUUAGCCAAUUUACCAAUCCUACAGCGGCGGUUUCUGGUCUACCGUCUGGCUCUCUGGGAAAUUCCAUCGAAAGUGGAGUGCCACAGGAAAUUCAACAAGGAAGCAUGUUGACAGCUGAGACGGGAUAUGAUCCAAAUGAUUUGGCAACUGGGACGGGCAUACUUCCUACAUCCAUGGCGGUAUCAAACCCACAACAAGACAGCAACCCUCAAGAUACACUAGUCGUCGUGACACUGAAUGGCCAAAUCACCGCAAUCACCAAAUCAGCUCUCCACACUUCCAUCCCCUCUGGUAACCACAAACCACAACCCACAUCCUCCCUCAUCCCCAGCCAACACUGCGACCACAACCCCAAAGAAAUCAUCUCCAUAACAGUAACAGCAACUAAAACCCUCCUAUUGACAGUCACCAGACUGAUACCCAUCAACCCCAGCACCAUCAAAAAAAUAUCGUCCAGCAAAGGGGUUCGCUCGAGUAAAUCAACUAGAAAAUUCAAGAGUUCAAAGACCUCAUCAGUCCAAUCUCAAACGUAUAAAUCGACGAUUACAUCUCCAACGUCUUCGAUUGCGUCCUCAGUUUUGGUAGAGAGUGCGAGUUUGAUGGUUAAUGCCACGAGUACGACGCCGGUGACGUUGUCGACGGAACAGAGUAGGAUGACGGGGACUGCGAGGGUUAGUGUGGGUGCGAAUUCAGCGGUUGGGAGAGGGGUUGGAUGGGGGAGUUUGGGGGUGCUGGCGGCGGUCUUGGUUGGGGCGAUGGUGGUUUGA